GCUAACAUGGCCGAAUACACACUGUGAUCUCCGAUUUGCCGAAGUUUUGUUAUUGUAAAAUUAAAAAUUACUAUUGACCAUAAAGUUGACAGAAUGUCUUUGUCAGCUGGGAGAAUAUUUUCAUUCAACAUUUUAAAAAGGUGGCAGUGUUUAAAACCUGUUGUUUGCAAUACUCAUCUUCAGCAUAAUCAGUUGUCAACCAAUGUUCAACCGUAUGUUGAGCAAACAGAAACCUCGGAGACUUCAACGAUAGAUCCCCUCAAGCAUCCUGAUUUCUUUCAAGUCCACAAUCUGUUCACUGUCAAAGAUCUGUACGAUGCAAGAGUGCACUACGGCCACAAGGAGACCAUGCUGAACGAACACAUGGAGACGUUUGUGUUCGGUUCGAGACUGGGUCACUUGAUCAUCGAUCUGGAUCAGACCGCCGAACUGCUGAGACAAGCUCUGAACUUCACCGCGCACAUAGCCUACCAAGAUGGUAUAAUCCUGUUCAUCUCGCGAAAUCCACAGGCCACGCACAUAGUCGACAAGACGGCCAAAGAAUGUAAGGAGUUCGCGCACACGCGUGCCUGGCGGCGAGGUCUGUUCCCGAAUUCAAAAAACAUGUACAAAACGAUGGCGCGACUGCCUGAUCUGUGCAUCUUUCUCAGCACACUUGACACCGUCAUGGCCGAGCAUACAGCGGUGAGACACACGGCCAAGAUGGGCAUACCCACCGUCGGCAUAGUUGACACGAAUUGCAAUCCAAAUCUCAUCACAUAUCCGGUACCCGGAAACGACGAUUCUCUCUGCGCUAUAGAACUGUAUUGCUCCCUUUUCAAGGAAGCUAUCCUGAGAGGUAAAAGUGCCAGGGAGAAACUGACAAAACCUGUGGAAACUAUGUAAAUCGGGUAAUUAAUACUGCAAAUAUAUUUACAUAUAAUUGUACAAAAUAGCCGUUUAAGCUUAAUAUACAUCUUUUUUCUCUAAUUGAAGAUUUACAUAAUACAACGUU